CCGAGAACUCGAGACUCAUCAUCUGCAGAGAAGGUGCCCGCACUUCAGACCUCCUGGUUGACCAUGGCUGACCUUCUGAGGAUCGUGCUCGUGGGGAGAACCAGAAGUGGGAAAAGCGCCUCAGGAAACACCCUCCUGGGGAAAAAAGCAUUUGAAUCUAAACUUGGUCCCCACACUGUUACCAAGCACUGCCAGGCAGCAGCCCGGGAAUGGCGGGGGAGGAAGCUUCUAGUGGUCGACACCCCUGGGCUCUUUGACACCAAGGGGAGCCUGGACACCACCUGUUUGGAGAUCAGCCGGUGCGUCCUGGCCUCGGCCCCGGGGCCCCACGCCAUCGUCAUGGUGAUGCGGCUGGACCACUACACGGAGGGGGAGCUGCAAACCCUCACGUUGAUCAAGAACAUCUUCGGGGAUUCUGCCAUGAAGCACAUGAUCAUCCUCUUCACGGGCAAGGAUGAUUUGGAGAAUCACAGCCUAGAUGAGUUUAUAGAACAACAAGAGGUGUCUCUAAGAAGCAUCAUCAGGGGGGCUGGGGGCCGCUGCUGCGCCUUCAACAACAGAGCAGGGGCGGCCGAGAAGGAGGCUCAGGUGCAGGAGCUGGUGGGGCUGAUAGAGAAGAUGGUGCAGAGCAAUGGAGGGGCCUACGUCUCUGACGCCAUCUACAAGGACAUGGAGAAAAAGCUGAAACAACAGGCAGAGAAUUUGAUGAAAAUCGAAACGGAUAAAUUAAAUAAUGAAAUUAAACUGGUAGAAGAGGAAGAUGCCGAUCAAGCCCAGGACAAAAGGGAAAGGAAAAUCUCAGAUCUGCCGAGGCCUGUGAGGAGCCUGCCCGCCGGAACCUCCUGGGUGACCACAGAACACAGCAAGGACAACACUCUGAGGAUCGUGCUCGUGGGGAAAACCGGAAGUGGGAAAAGUGCCACAGCAAAUACCCUCCUUGGGGAAAAAGUAUUUGAAUCUAAACUUGUUCCCCAUGCUAUUACCCAACACUGCCAGGCAGCAGCCCGGGAAUGGCGGGGGAGGAGGCUUCUUGUGGUCGACACCCCGGGGCUCUUUGACACCAAGGAGAGCCUGGACACCACCUGUAGGGAGAUCAGCCAGUGCGUCCUGGCCUCGGCCCCGGGGCCCCACGCCGUCGUCAUGGUGAUGCGGCUGUCCAGCCGCUACACGGAGGAGGAGCAGCAAACCGUGGCGUUGAUCAAGAACGUCUUCGGGAAAUCUGUCAUGAAGCACAUGAUCAUCUUGUUCACUGGCAAGGAAGAUUUGGGGAAUAGCAGCCUGAGUGAAUUUAUAGCACAGGCAGGUGUGAAUCUCAGAAGCCUGGUCAGGGAGGCUGGGGGCCGCUGCUGCGCCUUCAACAACAGAGCAGGGGAGGCCGAGAAGGAGGCUCAGGUGCAGGAGCUGGUGGGGCUGAUAGAGAAGAUGGUGCAGAGAAACGGAGGGGCCUGCUUCUCUGACGCCAUCUACAAGGACAUAGAGAAAAAGCUCAAAGAAAAGGUGGAGAACUUGAAGAAAAUCUACACAGAGCAAUUCCAUAAUGCAAUUAAACUGGUGGAAGUGGAAGAUGCUGAUAAACCCCAGGGAGAAAGGGAAAGAAAAAUCGCAGAGCUGUGGAGGAAAUAUGAAGAGCGAAUAAAAAAUGUAGAGGGAGAAGCUAGUCAGGGUGUGCUUGAUGACAUUGUGAAUGCGGUCAAGAAGAUACUGACAGGAAUAAAGGACUUCUUUACUAAGUAAUGUCAGCCUUAGCUUUCCUUCCCAGUCUGCGGUGACACGCUAAUGCAGUAUGUGCAUCCCCACAUAAGGCCGUGGCCGUAUCUCCUGUCUUCCUUAUCCCUGUACCCUGACCUUGUUCCCCGCCAUUGAGCUGUUGGGUCUGUGUCCCCUGCCUGAUGUGGAUGAACAGCAGGUGGCUGACGUAGCCCCAGGGACUUCUCAGGUGGAGCUGGAACCUGUCCCCUGCUCCCUUGGGUGCUCGCCCUUGGACUUGGCCCCUGAGAACCCCUGGAGAGGAUCAAGUCGCUGGCCCACCAGGGUGACCCUCCAUCUGCAGAGCAGGUGAGGCAACAUGGAAGUGGACACUCCAGCUGCUUGUGGGGCCCUCCCAUGAGGCUGAGAGCAAUGAGGAGCCCCUCGCCCACCCCCCAUCUAAAUAUGGAUUCUUUGUUUAAAAAAAAAUAGAUGAUUAUUAAUUUAAAACCCUAGGGUUUGAAAUGGUUUGUUAUGUGGCUCUAUUUUCAACUAUGAACAUUUUACCAUCUCAUUCCACACAGCCCAGGCCCGCCUUGUUCCUCCUCACAGACACACAUAACCAGUUGCAGAAGAGGCAAUAAUCUGUCCGAGUACAAAGUUUGUUUAGGAAAAUGGAAAUUAGAUCUUUUUUGACACUACCUGUGAGCACCGCUGGUGAUGUGGGGUGUUCUCCAUGACACCCCUACACCCAGCUGCACGGCCGGGGCCCAUGUCCACGCCCAGACGCUGUGUCUCUUGCUCUCUGUCUUCUGCUUGGAUUCCCAAGGGCCAUCCACUCGGGGAUCCCCUGGGGGUAGGAGAUCGCGGCCUGAAGACCUGCUCCCUCCUCCCUGCAGUGUCAUCUGACCACCCGCACCCCUAACCCGGGGCACACUCCUCCCCGCUGGCCUCUCUACCUGCCGCCUGAAUGGCUCUAUUAUCACUCACCCCACGGGGUUCCCAGCCUAGUGCUUUCCAAACCCUCUGUCCACCCUCUGUCCUCCGAGCCCCUCCCGACUCUCGUCGUGUGCUAAUAGCAGUGGCUGCCAGUGCUCACCGGGAUCUGACUAAUAAAUCUCAG